GCCGCCUCCGUGGUGCACGUUUGUGAAGGUCUAGCUACGUUAAUCUCAAAGGUUAAUCGCUGAAAUCUGCAUGGACGUAAAAUAGAAGAAAAAAAAAAUUCUGAUUACUUCUCAUCUUCCUAGUCUACUCAGGUUAAACACAUUUGAAUAAUGAGAGAAAUCAAAAGAAACCAAUACAUGCGAGGAACUCUGGCCUACAAAUUCCGCAAUAGGUUCAUUUUAGCUGGAUUGUCCUUCACAAUGAUGUCAUACCUUGGUCUUAUGUUUUUAUUGGAUUCUAAAGACAACUCAUUUGUUCGCACGAUGAAUGAGGAAAAAGAAGAACAGAAACAGUUUAAAGAAAGAGUUGUUCAGAUUCGAGAGCAUCGCUUGAAACUUCUCGAGGAUGCAGUGAAUGCAGAGAAGAAAUAAUUUUUGUUUUGUUAUUGAUUGUGAUGGGGGAUUAACCCCCUUGAUUUCAGAGUAUUUUAUAAAGUGUGAUAUAUCAAACUAUAGUAGACUGAUAGUAAUACUGCUUGCUCGAUUGCUGCAAUCAACUCAACAACAGAAGUGGACUCCAAAAUGCCUUUCAAAAAUAGGGAAAGGAAAUAGAUGUGUAUUGUAAUUCUGUGAUUAUGGACCAUGAAAAGAACAACCCGUGUAACUUUACUCCGAAUAAGUCUAAACCUGAUGGACACAGGAAGACUGCGAGUAGCUCGUGCAGUAAGAAACUCAUUAGAAAAGCUAAGCUGUCUCUUCAGAAGACUCACAGACGAGGCAGGAGGAAUCUGAUUAACACACUCGCAGCGGCUGACCUCAACGAAACUGAUGACUUCAAGAGUGGACAGACGUUUACUGAUGGACAGAAGGUGGACAGACAGAAGACACCUGUUAGUAGUGGUGAGGGAAGUACAGAUGUCUGUCCUGUCGCUAGUGAAACUACCAGCUUGUCAGUGGCUUGUCCAGCUUGUGGUGAAAACUUUAACAAGGAAAACCUUAGAGACCACGUCAGAGCCUGCCUGCAGCAGUUUGCACGACAGAAUGCACUUGAUGGAAAUGUAAAUUCGUCAUCCACUGCACACAGAAAGCUGAAUGAAAAGGUGGAAGAAUUAAUUCUGUGUCAGCUAUGUCAGAAAGACAUCACAAACCUGAACUCUCAGAGAAGAACUCGACAUCUUAACAAGUGCAUUGACCAGGCAGAAGCUGUAAAGCGGGAGGCAGAGGAGGAACAGGAAAUACUGGAGAAAGCCAAGAUGGCCGUCCUUGAUUGUCCCAUGUGUGGCAAGACUCUAAAAACUGAGGCUGUGCGAAGGUCUCACUUAAAGAAGUGUGCUCACAGUCUGGGAAUUCCUCUCCAUCAGAUGAUGCAGUCGGUUAAACAGCAAGAUGAGCAACAUCAGCUACAGCUGGCUGCUGGGGUGGUGUCUGACUCGAUCAGACAUAGGCUAACACGGAACCAAACUGCUAAUGACAAGAAGAAACCAGCAAAGAGAAAUAAAAGCAAUCUGGAUGAAGACCUACAACUGGCGAUGGUCUUAUCAUCCUCCAUGACAGACCAGCAGACAACAACUACAGCAUCAAAUCACCUGGUUUUAGUGGAUGGGAAGAAACACAAGAAGAACAACAAAGGUCCCAUUGAACUGCCUCUGUUGUUGACUCUGUCUAAAAAAGAAGCUAGCCACAGAAUAGCAAACAAGGUCACCGAACUACUCGUACCACAGGAAGACGAUGAUGACAUCACAUUGACUCCACCUGUAGAAAACAGUCGACUCACACAUCUGGCGGCAGUGUCGGUGUGGACUUCAUUCUUGAAUAAUAAUCAGGAUAUUAUGUUGUGGGAUAAGACUGGUCUUGUGAAUGCCGUUGACGAUCCAGCCAAGAUUACCUCCCUUUACUACACGCAUGCACUGAUGCCUCCAGUAGAGGUCAGUAGUGUUACUGCUGGCAAUAAAUUGUGCAGACUGUCUGAGAUUCCUGGACGGUUGGUUUCUUCUCCAAGAACAAAUGAACCACCACGGACAGACCAGCAUGUAUCGGAUCAGCUGUCAGAGGUAACUCGUCAGUCGACUCGACUACCAAGUGUUGAGCAUCAAGAGCCAGUUAUAAAUUCCCAAGACUUGGUUGUAUCUACACAGACAGCCGCUGUACUGGCUGAACUGGCAGCAGACAACAGUUACUCUGCACGUAGAGUCAGCACAGAAGACUUGUCACAGGCCAGCGGCUUUUGUCCAGUAGAAAUACAGAUUGAAAGCAGUGGUGAUGUUGAGAAGAAUUUAGCCAGUUCACUUGUUCAUCUUGUCAACUGCCCUGACUUCAGUGAUGUUACAAUUGUCACUAAAGACAGUGUUCAUCUGUUUGCACAUAAAGUGUUAUUGUCUUCCAGGUGUCCUAAGCUCCUACAGAUGGUAGGGACAGACAAUGUGAUUGAUAUGUCAAAGAUGUCAUCUGAUGCAGUAUUGUGUGUUCUCAAGUAUGUGUAUUCUGGAAUCAUUACUCUGAACCGGAACUGCUUCAGUCAAGUACUAGAGCUUGCACAAACGUUAGAACUAGAGGAAUUUUACAUGAUUUGUAAAGAACAUAAAGUCCAGUUAGUUCAAGCACAAGCUGAAGAAGGCGAUUCUGAUUCUGAAAAUGGGAAUGUCAAUGGUGGCAAGUCAGGCGUAGAAGAUGCCAUCAAUGAAGAGGAAUGGCGGGAGAUCCACGCCUUACAGCUGAAGAGAAUAUCAUCACUGGAGUCCAAUUUGAGAACUGAAACGUCUGUGAGAUCAGAUGACGACAAAAAUGAAGUGGAUGGCCAUUGUUCUGAACCUGAGGCUGGUCUUGAAGCUGAUUCAGCAAGAUCUUCAGUGUGUAAGAAUGGAGACGAGAUUGGUCUCACAACUACAACACAGUCAUCUGUUGGUGUGGAUGUUGAGAGAACAACAGACAGUGAAUGUGAACUGAAAAAUAAAACAUUAAAGCAGGCCACUGACAGUUCUGAAGAACUCUUCAGUGAUGAAGAACCUGAAGAUUUGCCAACACCUUCAAAAGAUUCUUCUGACAAGCAGACGGAAAAAAUGCCUCAAAUAAUUGAAAUGGCUGAUUUUACUGUUUACAGUGAAAGCUCUAGUCUUGAUAAUGAAGGUGACUAUAAACAAGAGAAAUUGCCCAGUAAUGUUACAGAAACAAAAGCAAACCUUUAUAUUGUGUCAUCAGAAGAAAGUGAGGAAGAAGGAAUAUCAAAAAAACAAACUGAAAGUAAUAUGACCGAGGAAGGAGAUCUUUCUGAUGAUUCAGCUCGGUCUAACCACCAGGGUUGUGAUGUCAGUGACAACAGCUCGGAGGUUAACCCUGUCCUGUCUCAACUUGCCCAUGAUGACAGCUUUACAGAUCAUGUUGAUGAAUCAGUCUCCUGUCUUGAAAGAAGUGUGGUGGCCAAAUCACCUGGGAAGGAUUGGGAUAUGUCACCGGAAUCGAGUAAAGAACUGACGUGGGUGAGGAGCGAAAGUACAGUUAGCAGCGUCAACAGAUUGUCACAGGAAUCUAAAAAACGGAAAUCAUCCUGUUCAGACAUGCUUCAGCCAGUUCCUGCUAAUGAUACAUAUAGUGAUAGUAGAACUUCAGGUGUUUCAGAGCGGACCUCUUGUAAAGGAGAACCACAGUCAAAGAGAUAUAAGAUGUCCACUCCAGUUUCCACUGGUCGGACUCAAUCUCUUGGACUUGCUAUGGAUGAGAUCAGUAAGAUAGAAUACUGUAGUCCGGCUACAGAGACAGUUGUAAAGAAAGACUGUCGGAGUGAACGAUUGGAGAGCAGUGACAUGUCGAGGGUGGUCGUUGACGAUUCUUUGUUCAUUAAUCCAGCUGUGAAGAAGUAUUUGAGAUCAACAUUCAUGCUAACCACACCUGUUUCUGAUAACCAGGUAGAUGACAUCUCGGUGACAAAACCACAGAAAGACAAACAUGAAAGUUCUUACUUGGAGGAAAACAAUCAGAAAAGUGUAUGCAGGUUCUCUCCUAUUGCAGAGAAGGAGACUGUAAUUACUGAGAAACCAAGUGUCUCUCCCUCGACUUUGAUUGCUAACAAUGUAGAAAGGUGUCUAGAACAACCAGCGAGUUGUAAGACAGAAGGAAAGAGGAUAAUCGAGUAUGGGGGUGAUAUCAGCAGUGAUUCUGAUGUGGAAAUAGUAAGUGACAAUUUGGAUGCACUGUCAUCGCAACAGUGUGGUUCGUCGCCAAAGUUCACCUGCAGAACGGCCAGGAAUCGAUUAACACAAUCACAGACAGUAUGCAAACAGGAGUUUACAAUGUCAUUUUCUCAGCAAACCUUUAUGUCUUCCAAAAAGAGUCUUUCAUCUUUGUUGAAUAAAUCAAACACGAGUACAAAGCAGAAUUCUUCAGCUGGUCAUGGUACAUCCGAAAAACAAGAUAUGUCUUCUUCACAGCAUGAUAAUAUGUCAGUUGAUUCCAACCCUAUUGAUGAUGUGUGGGAAGGAUUUGAUGGGUUUGAGGCAUGUCCUGUUGAACCGUUUGCUGACUUUGGUGCGGAUGCUGAUGUGGAGUCAUCGCCCGAGAAGAAAGUGAGAACAUCUCAGAAGAAAAGACGAUCUUCAUCAGGAUCAAAGAUGUCUUCCGUUACACCGAGUCGCCCGUUACCGCCUCCACAUGAGCAAACAUCCGAAAUCACUGAAUCUGAUGACAGCUUAAUAUUAUUGUUGGAUGAACGCUUAAUGGCUGACGAGGAAGCAAAUGUUGAAAGCAUGGAAAAGGAAAGUAAUUUUAAGACUCCACAGACAAAGAAGUCUGGUAAAAAGAAAACAUGGAUUCCUCCUUCGCCGUUCACACCAAUGCAGGAUUACGACCACAUGGUCACUCCACAGUUAAAGAAUGCUGUUGAAAGGUACGGUCUGAAACCUACGAUGUGCAAGAAGAGGAUGAAGUUAGUGUUAAAAGAUAUUUACCAGCAGACCCAUCAGUAUGAGACUGACAGUGACUAUGAACCAGAAACAAAAACAGAACAACCUUGCCAAACCAAAACAUUAAGCAAACCUGAGAAGAAAACAAAAACAAAAACCACUCAACAAAGUAAGAAGCAACCAGGAAAAACAAAACCUAAUAUUCAACAGAAAAGCCUACCUCAGCAGUUAACAAACCUGUCCAGGGAUGCCAGAAGUGUAGUUCCACAAAAAACUACGGGUCAGCAUUCGGAAGAAUUAUCCAUUUCAUCAUCACAGGAAUCAACAAACAGUGAUAUGCCAGAAGAAAGCUUUUUAGUUGAUGAUGAAGAUCUGUCAGCUUCUCAACAGACUGAAAAGCCAGUGUUACAUGCACAGUUGAUGAAGUUUGUCAUGGACAACCCAGAGAUCCAUACUAAGAUUUUGGUAUAUGAGCCAUUGGAACUUGAUUGGCUGAAGUUGAAACUGACAGAAGGAGGGAUAAAGUGUUCUAUACAGAAGCUGAUGGAUUUUCUUGAUGAAAAGUGCAUAACAUUUACUAUGAAAAAAAUGAGCAAGCGAAAUUCAAGACGAAAACCCGCAAGAAGAAAGAAAGCUGCAGUGUUAAAGUUGGCUAUUUAAUAGCUGAUAGUCUGUGAUAAUUUGGUCUGGCUUUUGUUGUGCAUUUCUUUUUCACAGUAGAUAUUAUUUUGAUGAUUCAUUCAAGAGUGUGGUGAUAUUUAUAUUUUCAAAAGUGUGUUAGGUAGUAUUGUUACUUCUUGUUUCACGUAAAAUCGUGUGUAUACAUAAAAAAGAGAAUUUUUUUUUUAGCAAUUAAAGAGACUGUCCUGAGUUUACGGCCAUUGUUGAGAUGACAAACAGAUAUUUUUCAACAACUUAUAACUACUAUAUUAUAUUAAAUAUAUUUUUCUGCAUUACAUAUCAAUGGCUGUGUAGUAAAUGUAUUUCUGAACAUCCUAGUGUUUGUACUAGGUCAAACUUUCUUUUAUUUCCUAAUAAAUAUUUUUAAUACAUAAGAAAUUAAUGGGAGAUGAGGGCUUCAAGAAUUUUUUUUUAAAUCCGCUAGCCAUGGGAUCAGUGAUUUAAAAAAUGCACUAUCCAUGAUUAAAAAUUCACUAGCCUUACUUUACUUUAAGUUAAUACAAUUUUACUAA